AUGGAUCGGCUAAGAUAUAAAGGGCGAUUUAUUAGUAAAAAACAGCGUGACAAACGUUUAAAAGCUAUAGAACAUGGAAAAAGUUUAUUAAAACCAAAAAAGAAAGUGCAAGAAAGUGAUAAAGAGUGCAUAGUCGAAGGACUGCGUCUAUGCGAUUUAAAGGUUAUUGCACGGUACCUUUAUUGUAUUUGUUGUCAGGAAAUUCUGUCGUUAGAAAAUAUUGAACGCGAAGAAAAAAGAGGUCUUGCAUCGAUAUUUUCUGUGAGGUGUCAUAAGUGCUUACAUGUUAAUAUUGUACCUACCGGAAAACCACAUGAAGGACCAUCAGGAAAACCUAUUUUUGAUGUAAACACCAAAGCAGUUUUAGGCUCUAUACAUGCAGGACUUGGGUGUGAGUCAAUUAAUAAAUUUUUACAAGUGAUUGAUGUUCCGGGAAUGUCAUCAAGGACUUUCAAAAAACAUGAAAGAGAAAUUGGUCCUGUGGUGGAAGAAAUAGCAAAAGCAAGCUGUAAAGAAGCAUGCAAUUUAGAAAGAUCUCUGACUUUAAAAAAUUUGAAUCAUUUAGAAAAGCUUUUUGAGACAAACAACAAUAAUGAUAAUAUUGUUCGAGUUUUUGCGGCAUAUGAUAUGGGAUGGAGUCGAAGAAGUAAUGGUCGUCAAUACGAUAGUUUGAAUGGCUAUGGUUCAUUGAUAGGUAAGGAAUCAGGUCUAGUCUUGGAUUUCGCCACAAAGAAUCGGAAAUGUCGUAGAUGCGACAUUGGACAUGAACCAUCUAAUCAUGAUUGUCGGAAAAAUUUCCAAGGAUCAGCCAAGGCAAUGGAGCCUGAUGCAGCAGUUGAUCUUUGUGUAAAAAGUUCUAUUUUGAAAGAAAACAAUAUACAAGUUGGUGUUUUCAUUGGCGAUAACGAUAGCUCCAGUAUUUGUGCCGUUCAGAAACAAAGUACACAUAAUGUAGUAAAACAGUCAGAUAAAAACCAUACUGCAAAGGGUGUAAAAAAUUUGUUGUAUAAGAUAGAUAAAAAUAAAGACCCCAAUCGAGAAAUGACAUCGGAAGCAAUUAAAUAUUUUCAUCGAUGUUUUACGUACGCUAUGGCACAGCAUCAAGGCAAUACUGAAGAUAUGGCUAAAGCAAUAAGAAACAUACCUUAUCAUGCUUUCAAUUACCAUGAGAACUGCGGAGAAUGGUGUGGAUACGUAACUGAUAAAGAAAAUUACAACCAUCGCACCGUUAUUGGAGGUUUCACAAGCCCUGUUCUUUUUGAGGAGUUAAAAACCAUUUUCAAUAGUCUUGCAAUUAAUGCUGAUAAAUUUUCUGCUGGAGCUUCAAGUCAAGCAAAUGAGAGCCUCAACGGAAUUAUGUCCAAAAAAGCUCCAAAGUCUCAUUGUUACAGUUUAAGUGAAUCCGCUGAUUUUCGCUUUGCGAGUGCUGUAUUGCAAAAAAAUAAAGGUGAGCAAUAUGUAGCUGAUGUUUUACAUAGAUGUAAUAUUAAUCCAAGCUGUAUACUUUUACAACGCAUAAAGAAAGUGUCUAAACAAGCUCACAUGAGAUCUUUAAAAGCUAAAACACGACAAUUUAAACAAAAUCGCAGGAGUUUACAAAGACGACGAUUACAGUUAAAAACUCGCAAAGAAAAAUCUGAAGGACCUACAUAUGAAAGUCAUAUAGAUUUAUUAACUAAAACUUCGACAUCCACUGUAAUUGAGCCUCAAUCAUCGAUUAACAAUGAAAACACUAGUCACUGUAAAAAUAAACAAAUAAUAUAUUUUGAUCUAGAAACCUCUGGUUUUGCUUCGACAUGUGAUAUUUUACAAAUUGCAAUGAAGUGCAAUGAAGCUACAUUUAAUAUGUACAUUACACCAACUAAAUGGAUACCUGCAAAAGUGUCUGCAAUUCACGGCUUGACAAACGAGCAAGGAGAAUUGUACAAAGAUGGAGUUAAAGUGAAGUCGUUUCCUUUACGAAUUGUCGUGGACCAAUUACUACAAUAUUUAAAAAAUAUUGGUAGAGAAA